CUUUCGACGUAAAGGUGAUGCACGUGUUUCCCGAACCAGCCUUCCUCUCGUUCGACUGCGUCUUGACAUCAAAGAUCUCGAAUUGGCAAAGGCCCUGCGUGACCCCUCCGUCUUUAAACGGGCGAGAGACGAAGAAAAGGUUAAUGUAAGCACAUUAUUGGAUAACAUUCAUGCUGAAGGAAUUCCAGAGGAGCGCUGGGUGGCUCUUGGCAAACACCUUUGUGGUGCCUGUACAGACUUUGCUCUCUCAUGCAUCACAUCGCCCAAUCUUUGCACAGAGGGUCGUGCAUCCGUUAUUGCCGUGGUCUUUGCCACAUGCUGCCAUCACCUCUGUGAGUUGCGGGACCUCAAUGCAUUAGCAUCCACGGAAGAAGACCAGCAGGCAAUCUUGCGUUUGCCAGGCACAGAAUACACCAUUUCCGCUGCAGAGUUUGCAGCGAUAGCAUCUAUGUCCUCCUGGGCCGUCAGUGGGACGGCUGUUGACAAGGAACGUCAAGCUACAGGGGUUUGUUGUAAGCGUGUCAUUGAUGCUCUACGGAUUCAAUACCUCAAACAAAAUGGAUAUCGUUCCGCUUACCUUUGCCAGUACAUUGAAAAAGGAAUUACAGAAGAGAAUGUCACCAUCGUUGCCUUUCGGUAA